GAGACAGAGGCGCUGUGCUGUGCGCUCGCUGGAAAGCUCUUACUUCUGCACCUCCUAUCCGUUAGCAUAGCAACGAGGAGCAAGAAGUGAUCCAACAGCGUCUGAGUCUUGAAAGAUUGAUUUCUUGUUUGUCUUUCUCCUAUAUUUGCUUCUCUUCCCUUCUAUUUCCAUCGUGUGUGUGCAAUGGAUGUGAGAUAUUGGUCUCUGCAGUAUAUUGCUUUUGCUCUCUAUUUCUGCUGGUGUGCAAUGUACAGUGGUAGAGCAGAAAAACAGUUCGUUAAUGAAUGGGCAGCGGAGAUACCUGGGGGUCUAAAUUCAGCCAGAGAGAUAGCAGAGGAGCUGGGUUACGACCUUCUCGGACAGAUUGGAUCACUUGAAAAUCAUUACUUAUUCAGGCAUAAAAGUCACCCAAGAAGGUCUCGAAGAAGUGCCAUUCACAUCACGAAGAGAUUAUCUGAUGAUGACCGAGUAACAUGGGCUGAGCAACAGUAUGGAAAAGAGAGAAACAAACGUUCUAUCCUAAGAGAUUCAGCAGAGAACCUCUUCAAUGACCCAAUGUGGAAUCAGCAGUGGUAUUUGCAAGAUACCAGGAUGACCCCAGUCUUGCCCAAGCUGGACCUCCAUGUGAUCCCAGUUUGGCAAAAAGGAAUAACAGGGAAAGGGGUAGUUAUCACCGUUCUGGAUGAUGGCCUGGAGUGGAAUCACACCGACAUUUAUGCAAACUAUGACCCAGAGGCCAGUUAUGACUUUAAUGACAAUGACCGUGAUCCAUUUCCCAGAUAUGAUCCUACAAAUGAAAACAAGCAUGGAACCAGGUGUGCUGGAGAAAUUGCCAUGCAAGCCAAUAAUCAGAAAUGUGGUGUUGGGGUGGCCUACAAUGCCAGAGUUGGAGGCAUUAGAAUGUUGGAUGGCAUUGUGACUGAUGCCAUCGAAGCCAGUUCCAUUGGAUUCAAUCCCAACCAUGUGGAUAUUUACAGCGCAAGCUGGGGCCCAAAUGAUGAUGGGAAAACAGUUGAAGGCCCUGGCAGGUUAGCCCAGAAAGCUUUUGAAUAUGGCAUCAAACAGGGAAGACAGGGAAAAGGCUCCAUCUUCGUCUGGGCAUCCGGGAAUGGUGGGCGUCAGGGGGAUGACUGUGACUGUGAUGGUUAUACAGACAGCAUUUACACCAUUUCCAUCAGCAGUGCCUCACAGCAAGGCCUGUCUCCCUGGUAUGCUGAAAAGUGUUCAUCUACACUGGCCACUGCCUACAGCAGUGGGGACUACACUGACCAGAGAAUCACAAGUGCUGAUCUGCAUGAUGAUUGCACCGAGACCCAUACUGGAACAUCAGCCUCUGCUCCUCUGGCUGCUGGGAUCUUCGCUCUUGCACUGGAAGUAAACCCUCAGCUUACCUGGAGAGAUAUGCAACAUUUGGUUGUAUGGACCUCUGAAUAUGACCCUCUGGCCAUCAAUCCUGGGUGGAAGAAGAAUGGAGCAGGAUUGAUGGUGAAUAGUCGAUUUGGAUUUGGGUUACUUAACGCUAAGGCCCUGGUGGAUUUAGCUGACCCCAAAACUUGGAGAAGUGUCCCCGAGAAAAAAGAAUGCAUUGUGAAAGACAACAACUUUGAGCCCAAAUCAUUGAAAGCUGAUGGAGUAGUUACUAUUGAAAUCCCUACAAAAGCCUGUGAAGGACAAGAAAAUUCCAUCAAAUCUUUGGAACAUGUGCAAUUUGAAGCAACGAUUGAAUACUCAAGGAGAGGAGACCUUCAUGUCACACUCACCUCUGCUGCUGGAACCAGUACUGUGCUAUUGGCUGAAAGAGAGAGAGAUGCAUCACCUAAUGGUUUUAAGAACUGGGACUUCAUGUCUGUUCACACAUGGGGAGAAAAUCCUGUAGGCACCUGGGCUUUACGAAUUACUGAUAUGUCUGGAAGAAUGGAAAAUGAAGGAAGAAUUGUGAACUGGAAACUGAUUUUACAUGGGACAUCCACCCAGCCAGAACAUAUGAAACAGCCCCGUGUCUAUACUUCUUAUAAUGCUGUGCAAAAUGAUAGAAGAGGAGUAGAGAAGAUGGAUGAUUCUGUUGAGGACCAGGCUACUCUAGAAAGCCUUCAUGAAAGCCCUCAGCCUUCUAAAAGCUCCACUACCCCCAAUAUCAGUGGCAAUGACAAAUUGAUGGAGAAAACACCUUCCAGGGCCAUGCUCCAACUCCUGCAAAACGCUUUCAACAAACAGGGAGCCUCCAAUCAAACACCAAAGAAUCAGCCAGAUGAAAAGCUAAAGAUUCCAUAUGAACAUUUCUAUCAAGCUCUGGAAAAGUUAAACAAACCAUCCCAAUUAAGAAACGCCGAGAAUAGUCUGUAUAGUGACUAUGUGGACCUUUUCUACAACACAAAACCUUACAAGCACAGGGAUGAUCGACUGCUGCAGGCUUUGGUUGACAUUCUGAAGGAAGGGAAUUGAAGUGAAGUGAUCUGAGUUGGAAAUAUUCAUUCUUUCUCCCUUCUCUUAUAUCCUGCCUGUGACUGAUGUAGGUUUUAUAUUUUAUUCAUAUGAUUAUGUCCUUGCUUCUCAUCGCUGUCUUGUACAUGGACAUAUGCACAUGCACACACUCACUCAAGCUCACAUGUGCUUGCACACACACACACAUACACAUGCACACAAUUUAGUACAUAAGGAGAAGGGGUUUGCUUCCCACAGAGAGCCUGGCUGUACUGGGAACAGUCAACAAGAGCUCUAUUUAAAACAUUUUCACAAGUGAAAGAUUUUUUUUCUCUCUGGAAUCAAAAUCCAUUAGUAUUUUUCCCAUUGUAUUUAAAAUCCACUCUAAGCUGCCUCUCUUUUUCCCAUUUUCAUUUCUUAAAAGAAUAAUAAUUAAAAAAAUAAAACUCUGGGCUACAAAACAUUAAAAACAAAACUGCUGCAAAACACCAGGAGAUGUGCCUACAGCCUUUUUUUCCUGUCCCCUCCAUGGCUGUUUCUUGUCUAGCAAUGACUUUUAGAAUUGUGGUUCUUACAACUCAAGGGCUCCCAAAUUUACAAGUUACUUAGGAUCAUAGAUUUAGAGCUGGAAAUAUCCUUGGAGAUCACCAAGUCCAACCCCUCCUUUUCUAGAUGAAGAGUUGAGCCUUAAAGCCAACCAUCUAAGUGGUUAAGUAGAAAAGUGAAGGUGGAACCUGAGGUCUCCUCUGAUUUUAUUAAGUCUAAAAAUUCAGUGAUUCUUUCACUGUAUCAAAAAAGGAGAAAUGAAUUAAGUAUGUGAUUAAUGCGGAUAAUUGAGGCACCAAAAUGGGGUCUUGACUUGGAUUAUCUAACUUUUAUAAUUAGCAAAAUAUUCCCAAUACUUUGUGUGAUAUGGAAUCUUUGGAUUCAAAUUUAGUGUUUUCCUUAUUCUGAAUUUUUUUCCUUUCCCUUUAUAUGUCCUUUUCUCAGAGCUGCAUAUCCAGCUUAAUAAAUAGUAGUGUAUAUGAAUUUUACAAAGCAAAAAUCAGGAAAUAAUCCUGAAUGGGGAUAGCCAAGGAAAAAUCACAAAUAAUUCAAAAAAUUACAUAAAAGGGGAUUUUUUGGUUUCCAAAAUGUCAGCCUGCUCUUUGAAUUCUAAAGCCUCUUUCCUACUCUCUCUUUUUUUAAGCCCCUCAUUCUUAUGACCAACUUCUUUACCAAAGAUACUAGGCAUGAAUAACAUUAAUUAAAGGAGGAAAAAUCAACACAUAUGUUAUUGUAAGACUGAAUCUACACAUUACAAAAUAAAGAUAAGGAUUUGUAUUAUACAGUUAAAUUAGGCUAAAUCUGUGGAGAGUCAAACCACAUAAUUCAGACAAAACAAAAUCCAACCACACCAAAAGGACCCUACAUAAGUUACCUGAUUGGAUACGUGCAUCUCUAUAAUAGAUGCCAAUCUCUCCUUCACUGUGUAUGUGCACUAAAGGCUUGUUUGCUUCUUGUUGCUAUUUGUAAUGCUUCCUAUAGCUUAGUAAGCAGUCCCAGGAUUUUAAACGUGUUGCAGAUCAGAAAGCUUUGUGAAAGUCUGCCUGAUUCCACACAGUUUGGCAAAAUGACCGUCCCCUUUCCUAAUCCACCAUUUGAAUUUGUGCAGAAUGAAAAAACAGACAGGAUGCAGCUCUAGUGUGAUCAUGCUGCUCACAAACUGUCCUUAAAAAAAAAUAGAAUGACUGUCCUGUCCUUGGAAUUACCAUGUAUUAUCUGAUGUGAAGUGAUGUGUAUAGUUUUGACAGCUGCAGCGAAUCUGAGACCCAUAGAAUGUUAAAGCUGGCAGCCACCCUGGUGAUCAGUCCAAUCUCCUCAGUUUACACAUGGGGAAAUGGAGACCCAGGGAGGCAAAGAGACCACUUGCCUGUGGUCACAGUGUUAACAGUAUGUAUCGGGACUAGAACUCAGGUCUCCCUGACUCCCAGCUCAGUGCUUAAUGUAUGAUGCCUUCUUGUUAACCAUGUUGAACAAUAUUAAUUCCUUGUUAAAAUCUUAACCACCUCUUGUGCUGUGGCCAAAGGUUCCCUUAGUGAAGCUUUAAUAUGAAAACCACAUCAUGUCUGAAUGUUUCCAACCCAGAGUGUGUUGUAUCGACAUAUUUUUAUUGUUUGUCUUUUUUGGUGCCUGUGUGGGUUUUUGUGAAAAUGUAAAAGAAGAAAAUUAUAAAAUGUUUUGUCUCAGAAUUUUAAAUUCUAUUUUCUUUACAGGUAUUUAUAAUAUAUCAAAACUUUUAUCAAACAUGCAGAAUUUUGAAAGGCACAAUAAAUUAUAUUAAAGAACCAUAUGUUUUCUUGAGAAUGAGAAAGUUUCAUCCAAUAAAAUAUUUUUCAAAGGCAUGUUCCUCUAGCAAUGAUGAUACCUACAUGUAUGUGAUGUGAUGUUACAAUAACUUGUCUAAUAGCAUAAUACAAUAUGUCAGCAGAGUUCA